AUGUCUAAUUCAAAUUUAGAUAGUUUAUCAUUAAAUGCAAAUAAACCAAAAAGAUUGGGGAAUAAAACGAAUGAUGAUAGCAUAUUUGAGAUAGAUGAAUAUAUUGCAAACGCUACUUUGAACAGUAGCUAUGAUAAAUUAGAAGGAACCACUACAGAUUAUGACGAUCAGACAAACUUGUCGAUUUACGACGAUAACUAUAUCGAAAGACCAUGUGUUGGACAGCCAGACUAUUGCAAUAUGACGAGGAGAGAAUAUUUGGAUAUGUUAAACGAAUAUAUUUUUCCUCAACCCUACGAAUGGGUGUUGAUAGCCACACAUGCCAUUGUGUUCGUGAUCGGAUUAAUAGGGAACGCGUUAGUGUGCAUAGCUGUUUACAGAAACCAUUCUAUGAGGACUGUGACGAAUUAUUUCAUCGUAAACUUAGCUAUGGCUGAUUUUAUGGUGAUUCUCAUUUGUUUGCCGCCCACCGUGCUUUGGGAUGUGACGGAGACGUGGUUCUUUGGAACGGCGAUGUGCAGAAUUGUGCUGUAUUUUCAGUCAGUAUCAGUGACGGUGUCAGUUCUGACGCUGACCUUCAUCUCCGUGGACCGCUGGUACGCCAUCUGCUUCCCGCUCAAGUUCAAGUCCACGACAGGACGCGCCAAGACCGCCAUCCUUAUCAUAUGGCUUCUGUCUCUGUUAUUCAAUGUACCAGAAUUCGUGGUGCUACAAGUUCAGAGGAAGAUGCAGCUUCGGUACAAGGCGGAGUAUUUCAUGCAGUGUACUUCCACGUGGUCAGACGAAAGUGAUCUCAAAUGGCAUAUCAUUAAGGCUCUGUUUUUAUAUACAUUUCCAUUAUUCCUGAUGAUGAUAGCGUAUUGUCAGAUCGUCAGAGUACUGUGGAGAUCAGACAACAUUCCUGGACACACAGAGUCACACACGCUGUGCUCCACACCGCAAGGUCAUAACAACUGCAAGAAUUGGCUUGCAGCAAAUAGACGUACGACGCCUUCAAUUCACACCAACGCAUCCACCGAAGGCCAGCUCCGCUCCAGAAGGAAAGCUGCCAAGAUGCUGGUUGCUGUAGUAGUCAUGUUUGCAGUCUGCUAUUUCCCUGUACAUCUACUCUCUGUGCUGAGGGUGGCAUACGAUGUCCAGCAGACUGAUGUGAUGACCUGCAUAGCACUGAUCAGUCACGUCAUGUGCUACGCCAACUCAGCAGUCAACCCGCUGAUAUACAACUUUAUGAGCGGUAAAUUCCGUCGGGAAUUCCACAGAUCGUAUUUCAAAUGUUUCUGCUGUUGCCAUUCUGCGGCUUCCCCUGAGCAGAAUGGGACAUCCUUCGCGCCGAUUGGAAGCUCUAGAGCGGGCACAACUAGAACUGUCGUCCGCCGAAACGAUUCGUACGUCAGCUACCGGCUCACCCAUUUAUCACCGUCAAACCACAACAUCCAUCGAGACUACAUUAGGAACACCAAUACCUCAUUCAUUGACCAAAUGAAUGGGAAUCGUAGACCAAAAAUCCGUGAUGAUUCCAUCAGCGAGUCAGCAACAAGAUUCACUCUAGCAACAGACGUGUGCCGAGAUUGACAACUAGGCAAAGAUCUUCUAACAGAUAUACGUAACAGAGAUGGCAUUGAAACUUAUAUCGCUAGGAGCACGAACAGUAUUGAUUGUAAACCGUAUUACGAUUGUUUUAAGGAUGGGAAGAUAGAAGAGAGACAUAGUGAUAAUGCUGAUUAUAGGCACGUAGAUGAAUCCAAAGAUUUAUACGACGAUGAUCUUAAAAACGGGUUUAAAUUCAAAUUCAAUAGGAGUUUGAAUAGUUGUCAGAUUAAGAAUAAGAGAAAGGUAAAUAUUUAUUAAGUUAUGUUCUUUCUAUGUUUGAUGUAAGUAUUUUACUUGGAGUUAUCAGUUCUAAGC